CAUCGCUGUGUUCUCUCUUGGGCUCAGCAAGGAGGCGAUCGCGAUGGCUCUUCUACGUCCGCUGAUGUUCGUGCUGGUGGCGGCCGGGCUCUGUGCCCUCGUGUCUGCCGACCGUUGCCCCGAUGGUCAAUACUGCGCAUCGCGUUGCUGCUGGAGAUUUUCCCGAUACACUUGCUGCUGGGCAGGAGAGGGUGAAGGCCAGGGCGAGACACAGGGGGAAUUGGCCACAGUUCCAGCUCAGGCCAUCUCUGCCACAGUCUCCAAGGUCAGCUCCUGCGCAGGCUCCGUCUGCUCGGCCAACGGAGAAUCUCGCUGCUGCCCCUUGUCUGAGGGCUCGUGUUGUGGUGACGGCCUGUCGUGUUGUGGAAAAGGAUCCACCUGCACCACAUUCCGAGGACUCAACCUUUGCCUCCCCGAUGCGGAAUUUCAGGACCCUGUGGCCACCUUCCUGAGCCGUGAGCAGCAGCAGCAUCAGCAGGGCGGCUGCGUGGACGACAGCGGCUGCCCCGCGGGGAGCGAGUGCCACGUGGCGAGCGGUGACCACAGGGGGCAGUGCGUGAGUUCAGACGCGCUCAUCCCCUGGGUGGAGAAGGAGGCUGCGCUUUCGGGCGCUGUGGGAGCUCACGUGGUGUACUGCGGGAGCGGGCAGUACUGCAGAGACGGCCAGACCUGCUGUCGCCUCGCCACCGGCAGCUGGGGCUGCUGCAACAUCCCUCAUGCGAUAUGCUGCUCUGACGGGAUCCACUGCUGUCCCACUGGGCACUUCUGUCUCACGGCGUCGGGUCUGUGUGCUCGGUCCACGCUGUCGCUGCCCGCUGUGGAGGGUGUCUGAGAUGCGUGCCCCAGUGGACCUUUGAGUGCUCGGUGCACGAAGCAAAGACACGCCGUGCAUUGCACCCUUCGAUAUGCUUGACUUAGAUGUUAGGCAUUCGGUAUGCUUUUGAACUUGCUUCUUUAUUGCAGCGAUUCGCUAUUUGAACACCUUAAAAUAUAUUUGUUUGCUAUCAGCACGAUGGAAUGAGACAAAUGAACCAUUCGGAUAUUUCUCAGAGCAGUAACAACAGUAACAACCCUUAAGUGUUUGAGAAUAGCUCACGGAAGCAGACAUCACAACGCUACCUCUGAGAUCUCUUAAUAUGACAUCUGGUCCACACAUCAUGGGGCGGCACAAUAUUCUCACAUAUUAACGGCACAUUAUUGAAAUUAGGGGUAUUGCAUUAGCGUUUUGUAUUAUUUAGUCUUCAUUAAAUUAUAAUCCCUGAAAGUGUCAUUAGAAACAAGUGUCUCUACAAUUUCACCCACGAAGUAUAAUCAUGAUACACUGACCAGCGCUAAUUAUUCAAGCUGCUGAAGCUAGCACGGUGUUUGAAAUAUCGGUUCCUUGAUAUGUGGACCUGUAAAUGCACCCGUAAUAAGCUUUAAAUAACAGACAGAUGCCAACAUCCACUGAUUUAAUACUGUUAUUCAAAAGGGACAGUGUUGUAAUCGAUGCCAUUCUCUACACUGACUGUACACCUGCACUUUAAUGGACAUUGUCAUUUCUUUCUGCUAUUGUAAACAAAAUGGCUGCAAUAAACCUGUUACCAUUAUGGAA